CGAAACUGUAAUUGGACGAACCUGCUCUCAGACUCGUCAGUCCAGUCUUCAUUUUCUGACCUGACACCUUCCACUUUCCGUUCUUCAAGACUUGAGUAUUCGUCUAAGUGUUUUCCGACGGUGCUUGCUUAACUCAAAAGAAUGCAUAUCCCGUACUUCAACAUGUUCUGGCUUAACGUUGCUCUGUGGACAAUCAUUCUCCUGUUUUAUUUAGCUUAUUCUACAACUUUGGUCGUCGAUCAAUGCGUCAUCUGCUGUAGGAGGAAGAAGAAGCAUCAGAAGGGUUCCCAUUCUACAGAAAUGACAAGUGUCCAGGAUACUCUCUCGGACGACCGUCCUCAGACCGAAGGAGAGGUUUGUACUCGCCACUCGACAAGCUGCUCUGCCCUCAAUGAGCGUCAAGGCCUUCCUCAAGACGGGCACACUCUGCGUCAUCAACAGGCUGAAGAAGUAAGUGACGCUUCGUCAGUUUCUAGAUGAUGAGACUGCAAUUCUAGACAUCUGAAAUGAGAAAAUGGGACUUCCGGUAGAAGAAUCUUCAACAGAUUUUAAACUGAGAGAGCAUUUGGAAAACUAGACAAGGAACUUCACGAUGUGAUGGUAAUUGCUGCGGUAGU